UGCAAAAUAAUAAACAUCACAUUCUCCGACGAAAAAAUCUUCAAAGUUCAUCGUCCAAAAAAGUGAAAAAAUCCUCCGGAAACAGUUGUAAAAUUGGUAAAAUUAACUUUUAUUAGUGCACCAAGAGUUUUGGUCUAAAAAUUGAGUAUAGAAUCAUUCGAACGAGCCAUCGCUGAACCGUUUCGCCGGUGUAUCGCAUCAGCAACUUUGUGAAAGGUGCGAAUUGGUGGUCGCAAGAUUCUGAUAAUAGACGACGGUGUUGGAACUGAUAGCAUUUUAUUCCAUUCAUCAGCAAACUUUUUUUUCUCCCGUCCGAUGGGCAGCAAGACACGUCACAAUUGUUGUUACUGGCGGCACUAAAGAGCACCUGAAGAUGAGAACCAUCGUAUUUCUGUUCUGCGCCGCGACCCUGAUCCUGUUCGGAGAGGUGUGGAGCAGUGAGUUGGAAUCGUUACCGCAGGGGCCGGAGGAAACGAGUGCGACCUCCGCGGGAAACAAUAGGAAGCGCGAAGGGGAGGGCAAGAAUGCGGAAGAGGACGGAGUGAAGGAAACGAAGGAGAGUUCAAACCAAAGAAAAUCGGCGGAAGGUUUGCUGGAAGAGUUGGUACUGGAGAAGUCCGGGAAGAAGAGUAGCGAGAAGUCCGAGUAUGAGGUGUUGUCGGAUGAUUUGCAGUUUAUGCAUUCGGCGAUAAAGAUAGUGAAGGCACCGGAUUUGUCGCAGGAUAAAGAGAGCAGGAAGAUGUCCGAGAUGCUGAACGAGCUGCUGGACAGUCACGAGAGGAUGAUUCAGAAGAUUGAGAGUGAAAUUGAGGAGAUUAAUAGGCUUUCGCCGGAGGAUGAAGAACCAGUGGUAGUGACCCCGGAGCAGUUAGAGGCGCAAGAGGCGUACGAUAGGGCGAUGGUGGUACUCAAUAGGACCAAGGUGGACAAGCUGCAGGGGCAUAAGCUAAUGGUGGAGGCAGCCAAUAAGGGCCAUCCAUUGGCAAGGAUUCAUGUCGCUUGGGCUCAGCUGUUGGGUCAUCCGGUACACAUGGAUACGGAAGCAGCGAAGAAGACAUUUUUGGAACUGGCCGAGGAAGGGUUGCCCGAAGCUCAGAUGGGAUUAGGUCUGAUGUACGCUACGGGAAUUGGGUUCAACGUUAGUCAGUCCAAGGCUUUGGUGUACUACACAAUGGCCGCCCUGGGGGACAAUUCGUGGGCCCAAAUGGCGCUUGGAUAUCGGUCUUGGGCGGGAGUAGGCGUGCCGAACAGUUGCGAAACGGCGUUGGAUUUUUACAGGAAAGUAGCCACGAAGGUGGCCGACAAAGUGACGUUCUCGGGUGGAGUCGCCGUUCACCGAAUCAGGCUUCUGGAUGAAAUCGAAAAUGCCGGACCGAGCUCUGGAAUAUUGGACAACGAUCUGAUUGAUUAUUAUCAGCUGCUUGCGGAUAAAGGAGAUGUUCAGGCCCAGGUGGGUUUGGGCCAGCUUCACUACCAAGGCGGUCGCGGUAUUCCACUGGACCACCAAAAAGCGUUGCAGUAUUUUAGCCAGGCGGCAAACGCGGGUAAUGCUGUGGCCAUGGCCUUUUUGGGAAAGAUCUACCUGGAAGGAAGCGACAACAUUAAAGCGGAUAAUGACACUGCUUUUAAAUAUUUCAAGAAGGCCGCAGACUUGGGUAACCCUGUUGGACAAUCUGGCUUAGGUGUCAUGUUUCUACAUGGCAAGGGCGUCCCGAAGGACACCGUAAAAGCAUUGAAAUAUUUUACACAAGCCGCCGACCAGGGUUGGGUCGAUGGUCAGCUUCAGCUCGGAAACAUGUACUUUAGCGGAAUCGGCGUAAAGAGGGACUUCAAACUGGCGAACAAGUAUUUCAAUUUGGCCUCACAAUCGGGGCAUGUGUUGGCCUUCUACAACCUGGGUCAAAUGCACGCUGUAGGACUGGGUAUGAUGCGAUCUUGUCCGACCGCAGUAGAGCUGUUCAAAAAUGUUGCCGAGAGAGGAAAGUGGUCCGAGAGAUUGAUGUCUGCCCAUCAGGAUUAUCGUUCUUAUCGGUUCGAGGAAGCUUUUAUGCAGUACACACUGAUGUCCGAAUUGGGCUACGAGGUAGCGCAGAGCAACGCCGCCUUCCUGUUGGAUAGGGGAGAGAUCAAUUUGUUCCAGAAUAGGGAGGAAGAGCUGAUUCGAGCGUUGCAAUUCUGGGGACGUGCUGCGGCUCAGGGCUACUCGGCGGCACAGGUGAAGUUGGGUGACUAUCACUACUACGGAUUGGGCACGAACGUUGAUUUCGAGACUGCUGCUUCCCACUACAGGAUGGCCUCGGAACAGCAGCACAACGCCCAAGCAAUGUUCAACCUGGGUUAUAUGCACGAACAGGGGCUCGGAAUGAAGAAAGAUAUUCACCUAGCCAAACGGUGCUACGAUUUGGCCGCGGAGACCAGUGUAGAUGCCAAGGUUCCCGUUACUUUGGCACUGAUGAAGCUGCAACUACUGUUCAAGUUGGAAUCACUACGAGAGUCCCCCUUCAGCGUUCUGUUGGAACUGGACGAAAACAUUGCUUCGAACUGGGAUCUCUACCUGAUCACGAUGCUCACGGUGGUGCUCGGAGCAGCACUGUACUUCCGACGACCACCUCCACCGGGAGCAGCCAACUAUAAUCAACCGGCUGCUGCUGCGCCAGCAGCGCCCCCCGUGCCCACGGAAGCAGCAGAUGAAGCUCCACUUCUGGACCGACCAGCCGCGCCUAGUAAUACGAAUGAUGAUCAACGCCGUCAGCAGCAGCAGCAACAACAGCGUGAAGAUACACCUCAAUGAAUGUCGUGGCAUCGUGCAGCUUCAUCAAUAUGGAAGGAAUACUUCUAAUCGAUGCUUUUAUUUUUGAAACAUUAAUCUUUGUCAACUCAUGUUUCAUUCAUUAUUUGCAACUCUCACAGUACCGCAAAUCAGUUCUGUGAAAUUUACUAAAGUCAGCACUCUCUGUUGCAUUAUGUUUCUGUUUAUUGACUUGCUCUGACUAUACUUGAAGUGAUUGAUGAGUGUGAUCUGAUUCUACGGGAGGGCCAUGUCGAAGAAUGCGUUUUGAAAAGCCGUUGGAUGAUACAUUGAGAUACGGCGAGGUACAUCUGCUGUCGGAACGAAUGUAGAAGUUUAUGUGAAAUAUAUUUAGUAAACGGA